AUGCAAGCAAGUUCACUCCCAAACCCUCCUCCGAUUCUGCCCCAAUUAUAUCCGAGACUAGAUAGCAGAAUAGAUAGCAACUUUCUUAACAUACCUUCAAUCGUAACAUCUCCUUCCAUACCUACCUCAGUGUCCGAAUCUUUCCUGUUCAACUAUCAACAAGAUUCAUUGAAUAGUCCUAUUUCCCAAGCAAUAUCCGCACCAGUCACCCCUACAAAUAGUGUGACUCCAGGUUUCUCUCAGCCACCCAGAAGAGGUAAAGGAAAUCAAAAUGGUAGUAACUCUUCCAACGACGGAAAGGCCAACUCAAAAAGCAAUAGUAAUCUAGCGCACAUUCCUUGCAAAUUUUUCAAGAGUGGUGCCUGCACGGCAGGGAAAAAUUGUGUCUUCUCUCAUAGCAAGGAUCCUCCAUCUGAUAAUUACGUUUGUAAAUACUUUCUAAAAGGGAACUGCAAAUUUGGAAAUAAAUGUGCACUUUCUCAUACUUUACCAAAUGAACGUAAAUCAAGUUCAAAUGGUAGAAAUAGCGGUAGCAAAAAUGCUAAUGGAUCAAGGAAUAGUAUUUCCAACAGUAUGAUUCCAGAAAUUAGGUCACCUAUGAUGCUUCCGCAAGGAUACAGCCAAGAUCUUAAUGAUUAUCAACCUCUUAAUUCUCCUGGAAUUCCUUUCACACGUAUUCCAAUCAGUCCUGAAUAUGCGAGCAGCCACAGACAAUUCAGCCAUAAAUCAAUAUUUUUACCACUUUCUUAUGUUAGUGAGAGUGGAAUGCUUUCACCUACCGCCAAUACUCAUCAACAUCUUCAUAGCAUUCCUGAACUUCAUGAUUAUUCACAUCAUGAAGAAACAAUCUUUGAUGAGUUUGUUGCGUAUGAUUAUGAAGAACUUCUUCCUUCCUCGUUAAAUGAUUUGUUAACUCCAACUGAACGUGAAAGACGUCGAAGUAGGCAGGAAGAAUCUUCAGAAAUAAAUCCCAGGAGAUUAUUCAAUGGUUCUUCUAUGUUGCAUCCUGCGCACAUGGACAGUCAGCAUCUUAAUUAUUAUAACUCACACGCUGAUCCUACACAUAUCCAUUUUGCAGGGAGAUCUCUGCCCGCUAAUUAUAUGAAUCAAACCGAAGGACAACAAGUUAAUAAUGCAUACAAUAGACAACAUCUUUUUGGAUUUCCUAGCAUGAGAAAUAUUUCAAUUAAUAACAAUUAUGGAGAAGAAUGGAAUGAUCAGCUUUCUCCUCUUACUAUCAACAUUCCCUUACCUCACGAAUUUCAUCAAACUGAUACAAACUCUCCUUUGUAUCCUGGCAUAAUAGGCCGACCAAAUGGAAGUAUGAAUGUCAAUGGUAAUAGUGGCAAUAACAGUAAUACUGGUGACCGUCCAGCAACUCCAGAUCCAUUUAGUCCUUUUGUAACUGACGACGAUGUUUUCGUCUUCUUUAACAUGGAAGAAGAUAAAAAUGAUCAAGUGCAAACAGAAUUGUCAUCUUCUAAAUCAUCUGAACAAUUGAAAACCCCACUAACAUACUCCGCAAUUACCAAAACGGGUUUGAAGGAUUCUGGUGCAACUCCCGGACUCAGUAUCGACUCGAGGCGUUAUGAGCCGUUAUGCCCUUUCGGAAUUGCUGGAAACUGUCGAUAUGGAGAUCGAUGUCAUUAUCUUCAUGGUAUGCCUUGUCCUUCUUGCCUUAAACAUGUCCUGCACCCUUAUCAUAGUUCUGAAGAACAUCAAGAACAUAUUAACGAAUGUAUCAACAAGCAAAUCCAAGUUGCUGAAGGUGUUAAACCAGAAGAUCUCAAAUGUGGAAUUUGCCAUGAAAAAGUAUUAUCAAAGGAAGAUGCUCGUUUUGGUCUAUUGAAUUGCGAGCACGCGUUCUGUCUUCAAUGCAUUCGUCAAUGGAGAUCAAAUAUCACAAUGGAAAAUCAAGUUAUUCGCGCUUGUCCAAUUUGCAAAACAUCAAGUCAUUUUAUUACCCCAAGCACUACCUGGAUCACAGAUCGUGCCGAGAAGCAAAGGGUGAUUAACGAAUAUAAACGAAAGUGCAGGAAUUUUAAUUAUGGUGAAGGGCAAUGUCAAUUUGGAAUUUCUUGUUUCUAUGCACACACCUAUCGCGAUGGAACAAAGAAGGAAAUUCAUUUUCGCACUAUUCAAAAUGGAGAAGAAGUUAAGGUUUUAGAUAAUGUUCGUUUAUGGGAUUUCAUGGAAGAUUUUACCAACAAGUGUGUGGUGUCUGCUGAGAACUUUAACAGUGUACUUGGUGUCGUUAGUAAUGAUAGAACGGAGAUCAAUAACAUGACACAAAAUAAUUAUGAUAACAAUAAUACUGAUGGAUCAGCUGAUAUCCCUACAAUUACUACCCUUUUAUCGAAUUUAUCUGUUGAUUCUCCAGUUUUCAUACCUUCUGGUAAUAGAGCUGAAAAUUGA